GUAGGUUUCAACAUGCACAGAGCAACUUCACUGGAAGAGUUGAGUGAUGAUAACGUGACCGUUUACACUCUCCAAUUUCUUCUUCUUCUUCUUCUUCUUCUCUAACAGCAAAUUACAUCACUUGCAAGUGAUUAACAGCAAAAGGAAGCUAGGGCAUAGCCAUGGCCAUGGCUUCGUUAUCUAAACCACAACCAUCGCUAUCCCUACCCGCUCUCUCAAACCCUAUCUCUUUGUUUUCCUCUCCGGCAGUGGUGUUAUCUUUUCCGUUUAAUCGAACUGCUUUCGCUAGUCCACGUUUGUUCGCAAUUAAGACAGGAUCAGACGGUUCAGAUUUGCUGAGAAAACCGAUUGUACCGUCAGAGAAGGACUUGGUUGGAAUUUCUGAAGAAGUAGAGGACAGUGAAGAGGAAAAGGAGGAAGGAUUUGUGGAUUGGGAGGACCGGAUUUUGGAGGAUACUGUCCCUCUUGUUGGGUUUGUUAGAAUGAUUCUUCAUUCUGGAAAAUAUGAAAGUGGAGAUAGAUUGAGUCCAGAUCAUGAAAGAACUAUUGUGGAUAGAUUGCUUGCAUAUCAUCCAGAUUGUGAUAGCAAGAUUGGAUGUGGAAUCGAUUAUAUUACAGUUGGGUAUCAUCCUGAUUUUGUAGAAUCGCGAUGUUUGUUCAUAGUUCGAAAAGAUGGCCAAUUGGUUGACUUUUCUUAUUGGAAAUGCAUAAAGGGCUUGAUCAAGAAGAACUAUCCACUAUAUGCAGACAGUUUCAUUCUCAGACAUUUCCGACGGCGGAGAAGGAGUUGAAGGUAGCCUCCUCAACUUGUUGACUACCUGUAUAAUUGUAUGCUGAGGGUUUUUUCCUCCCUCCCUUUCUUUCUUUCUUUGUUUUUUCUUAUCGUCUAGAAUGUCUUUGUACGUCUUGAAGCAACAUAUGUAGCAAGUAGAAGCAAGGAUUGAAACCCUUGAUGUUUAAAUUGAAAUGCUCAGUUAAGUUUCCAGUAGUAUAAAUCUAAAAAAUUGGAGUACAA